AUGAUAAGGAGGCAGCCGUUGAUACAGCUGCUCCUGCUAGCUGCCACUAUCAACAGCAGCAAUCUGGUAUCGGCGCAACAACCCGAGAAAGCGGAAAAUAAAGUGCCAGUGGAUGCUUCGGCGAUCGUCGAGAGCUUACUGUGCGUAGUCAGAGCGAACCCGUGGCAAUGCGUACGACAACAGGCCAGCCGGAUGCUGGACAACUGGGAGGAUAUCCUCGAACUGAAGAAACACGAAAUGAUGGAGGAAGCCGAUAAGGAAGCUCUUCGACGCGAACAAAACCGUGACUUGAAGGCGGACAGCAAAAAACCAGCGAAAGUUACUCCAUCUCACUUGAUUAAUCAAAUCGAAGAUGGCCUUGGAACAAUCACCGAUUUCGUGUCGGAUGGCGUAGACGGUGUGUCGACGAGUAAAAAUCAGAAAUCAGACGACGAGCUGGCUCGGCCCAAAAAGCACUUACAUCAUAUUCUGAAACUAGGCAAGCGGAAGGGAAAGAAAAAGAAGACCUACAUCAAGCUGUUCAUGCUGGGAGCCGCCCUGAAGGGCAAGAUCGAACUGCUGCUGAAGAUCCUCUCGUUCCAUCUGCAGCUGAAGUUCUUCGCCAUCGCCGCCAUCGGACUGCUGAUCAACAUCGCCCGGUUCUGGUUCGACCUGAAGAAGCAGCCGCAACCGCAAAAAGUAAUCUACUACGAGCACGCCCAGCAUCAGCAUCAUUACGAUGACCAUGGCGAAGACUGGAACGGUGGCUACUGGAAACGUUCGCUGCAUGGACCUCGUGACGAUGACAACGGCUACUACGCCCAGGAGCGAAACGAUGAAGAAUACCCCCGCCAUCGGCCGGUUCAUUAUGCCCCGAUUCCCAACAGUCCCAGCCACUACCCGUACGAUCCGCAACACAUGGCGUAUCAUCAGCAGCGGCCAUACGCGUAA